AUGGGUGGUUUCCUCUACCUGGAGGGUGGAGAGAAGUCAUAUUAUCUCGACUCCGGGGAGAAAGAAACAGUCAAUGGUGAACCAUUUGCCCUUGACUCCGAUGGAUGGGGUAGCAACACCAGAUUUAUUCCCCUCAACAAGCGCUGGAAGCCCGCCGAGAUCGAAUACCAGACAAUCCCCUUCAUAUUCGGCCAAAAAACAGUCAUAUUGGCCAGUCUAUGGAUAGGAGGAAAUACAUUGUAUAGAUGGGGCGGCGAAUUGACUGGCGACCGGACGUAUGAGAAGAACGACAAGCACUUCUUGACAUUAAACCCUUCCACCAGCACCGGCAGUGGAAACUGGCAGGCGUACACCGGAGAGGACAAGUUCAAUGCGACUGGCAAUGGAGCGACAACAUCCUGCGACGGGGUCGGGUAUGUUUUUGGGGGGAUUUCUUGGAGUGGAACAAGCCCUUCCAUCACGUCUGAUACAAAGGAGUCGCAGUCAGGCAUGUUCAUGUUCAAUACUUCUACCAAGGUGUGGAGGAAGUCGACAUCUGAUCUCAACAUCCCGGGCGCAACCCACAGAUCAGGCAACGCCGUCUGUCUUUCAGGAUUUCUGGAUUACUCUCUCGUCGCUCUGCUUGGUGGCACCGUCCGCAGCACGCAAACUCAGCGGUCAUUCAGCAAAUUUACCUUCUUCGAUCCGAUCGCGGACAGAUGGAGGACUCAGACGACUCAAGAUUUCCCCUCGGAACGAGAUAGCGCCUGCGCUGUUGGUGUGCGCAGCAAGUACGGGACAUAUGAGAUAUAUCUUUACGGGGGCAUGGAUAAGUCAGGAACAGCAUAUUCCGAUAUUUACGUCUUAUCUCUCCCGUUGUUCAGAUGGUUCAAAGUGACACCGCCCAAUACUCCGAAACGCCAACUCCACUCCUGCGUACUCGCUGGUAAAAGACAGAUGGUUUCAUACGGCGGCUUGGACGCCAAAUAUAGCACAGAUGCUUGGAAGAGCUCUGAUCCCUGGGCCAACACUUUGGGAAUAUUCGACCUGAAUACACUUCAGUGGAGGGACGAGUUCGACCCGGAUCUCGGCGAAUACGAAAUGCCGGACGAGAUUAAGAGGGCUUAUGAUGCGGGGGGCCUUGGAAAUGUUAUUUGGGACGACGAAGAGACCAAGAGCAUCUUCAUGAGCAAUUACCUUGGGACCAACACUACCAACAGCACCGACAGUUCUGGUUCCGGCGAUCAAUCCGACAACUCAUCCUCGGGUACUCCAGUUGGUGCAAUUGCGGGAGGCGUCGUGGGAGGCGUUGUUGGUCUUGCAAUUAUCGGUAUCGCUGCCUGGUUCUUCCUUCGUCGGCGCAACCAAGGAAGAGAGCAGGUGGGCGAGGUUGAAGGAUCAACGGAGCUUCCGAAGGAGCUUUACGGAGGCCCUCCUGUGCCACGGACACCCAGCAGGUCUGCCAAGUCGCCUGCUCCUCCAAGCUAUGUUGCUCAACCAUCACAUAACCCAAACGAGACGUACUACGAGCUCCAUGAUACUGGUGUUGCAUCCGAGCUUGCGAGCGACACCGUUGGCUCUCCCCAGCAGACCACCUUCGCCUCGCCCUCAACGAGAUCUUAUUCUCGCUCCCCAGGAUCAGCAUUAUGA